AUGACAGCCUUCUGGUGCCAGCCGGGAACGCACUUGGGGGCCACCAGAGAGGCCACGGUUUCCUGCUUCCCAGCCUUCUCCCCCACCGUGUCUGCCUUCCUGGCGCCGAUCCUGGGUAUGGAGUUCGUCCUGGGCCUGGUGGGGAACAGCUUGGCGCUCUUCAUCUUCUGCUUCCACACGCGGCCCUGGACGUCGAACACGGUGUUCCUGGUCAGCCUGGUCGUUGCCGACUUUCUCCUGAUCAUCAACCUGCCCCUUCGCGUGGACUACUACUUCCUGCAGGAGCACUGGCGCUUCGGGGCCACCACCUGCAAGCUCAACCUCUUCAUGCUGUCCACCAACCGCUCGGCCAGUGUGGUCUUCCUCACGGCCGUCGCACUCAACCGCUACCUGAAGGUGGUGAGGCCCCACCACGUGCUGAGCCGGGCCUCCGUGUGGGCGGCCGCCAGGGUGGCCGGGGGGCUGUGGGCCGGCAUCCUGCUCCUCAACGGGCACCUGCUCCUGGCUGCCUAUACCGACCACUCCUGCCUCAGUUACCGGCUGGGCGUGAAGUCCUCGGCCUCACUUCGCUGGCACCAGGCCCUGUUCAUGCUGGAAUUCUUCCUGCCGCUGGCCCUCAUCCUCUUUGCCAUCGUGAACAUCAGGCUCACCAUCUGGCGCCGCAGCCUGGGGGGGCAGGCGGGCCCGCGGAGAGCCAUGUGCUUGCUGGCCGCGGUGGUGGCCGUCUACAUCAUCUGCUUCUUGCCCAGCGUCGUCUUCGGCAUGGCUUCCAUGGUGGCCUUCCGCCUGCAUGCCUGCCACGCCCUCGACCUCUGCACACAGCUCUUCCACAGCUCCCUGGCCAUUACUUACCUCAACAGUGUCCUGGACCCCGUGCUCUACUGCUUCUCGAGCCCCAACUUCCUCCGCCAGGUCCGGGCCCUGCUGGGCCUCAGCCAGGGCUGGCAGGGCCCAGCCAUUGACGAGAGCUCCUACCAGCCCUCCGCCCAGCGCCGGGAGGCCUCUAGGGAGGCGCAGGCUGCGGAGAAGCUGCAGGCCGAGGUCUCGCUGGAGGGCCCGCUCGAGUAAGGAGGCCCCUCCCGGGACUGGGGGUUCACAGGGCCGCAGGAGGAAGGACGGCCAGGCUCUACCUGGAGGGAAAAGGUUGCCAGCACAGGGAGCCUCAACCAGCGGGACAUCUGCAGGAGCCAGGUGGGUGGCAGGGGAAGGAAAGGGUCUUGACCUUACACAGCAGUGUGUCCCAGAUGACAUCCCCAGAGCACAGGAAAGAGCCCGAUGGCAGGUGGAGACAGGCAGGGGCUGUGACAGCUCCCCUCCAGACAAAGGGCCACCCCGCUGCCCAGUCCAGGGGCCAGAGUGUGAGGACUGAGAGCACAAGUCUUGCUUUGGAGAUCGGACAGCCACAUUUUCCGUCAUCUCUAACUUGUCCCUUU